AUGGACACGAUGCGGGGCGCGCUGGAGCGGGCCAAGAUGCUGGUGGGCAUGGAGGUCGACGAGGAGUCGGCGCUGCCGCCGCCCGAGGAGCAGUCCUUCUUCGACGACAUCAACCGCCACUGCACCCUCAACACCACCCAGGCAAGCACGGAUCCCUCAGCCCGCCCUUUGUCUCCGCGCAGAUCUGGCGUCGGAUCUCGCUUUGCGGCUCUUUUCCUGCUCCGGUAUCGGCGCCGGAACUUCGGAGCAAGUCGCGAGGCUCUAUGGUUUCGCGAUAUGCUUGGCUGCCGGACUGACGUGCACCUUCUUGUCAAUGAUUGUCUUCUUCAAUCCAGUGAAAUUUGGGGUAACAUUCACCCUUGGCAAUUUGAUGGCCCUUGGAAGGUUAAACACAUAGGGGUUAGGUUUCAGGUUCACAGCAAGCUGUUGACUCUACUGGCCAUCAUUUUGGAAUUUGGUGCCCUUGUUUGGUACAGUCUUAGCUACAUACCUUUCGCAAGAAUCCCGUUGAAAAAUGAAGACGACAUUCACCCUAUAUCUGUAUCAGGUUCGAUCAGUCAACUUAUCAAAGGCUUAUAG